AUCCUGUUUGAUCCUGAUUCCCCUCUUCCAGUCUCCCCCUCUUAUCUGCUGAUAAGACAUAUCGUGUGGAGUCACUCUGCACAUGCUCAGUUUGGUGUGUAUUGCUAGAGAGAGUGCAUGUGAUCAGCACAGGGCCAAAUCUGCACUGGCCAGACAGAGGUCAGGGGUUCUGCAUCCUCCUAGAGCAGAAAGAAAACACCUCCUUUAAGCUUUAACCAGUGCUCUGCUGAACACUGAUCACAAGACUGCUCUAACUGUUGAUGGGAAAAGGUAUUUAGCAGUUUAUAUUUACUAA